UUAGUGUUUAACAGAUGUAUUUUAAAAAUAUUUUUAUUUAUAUGUAAAGUUAACAAUUGUAAUUUAUUUGUUUAUUCUCUAUUUUUUCAGCAACAAAUGAAUCUCGUGAAGGACAUUCUACUAGAUUCUUCUACGGAAACUCACAGACACAAAAAUCUGACGAAAAUUUGACAUUUUCUUCAUCGUCAUCAAAUCCAAAGACUGUGCAGGCUGAACCUCGAAAAGCAGAGAAGAAAACUUUUCGCUCGAGUGGAAUAUUCAGAUUAAAAUCACCAACUAGAUCUCGCGAAGAAAUGUCUAACAGUUCAAUUGGAAAGACUGAAAAUGUGAAAGCUGGAAUUCCGGAGAAACAAUCUUUUACUUUCAGUGAAAGAUUGAGUUUAAAAUCAACAAAUGAAUCUCGUGAAGGACAUUCUACUAGAUUCUUCUACGGAAACUCACAGACACAAAAAUCUGACGAAAAUUUGACAUUUUCUUCAUCGUCAUCAACUCCAAAGACUGUGCAGGCUGAACCUCGAAAAGCAGAGAAGAAAACUUUUCGCUCGAGUGGAAUAUUCAGAUUAAAAUCACCAACCAGAUCUCGCGAAGAAGUGUGUGUCAGUUCGAUUGGAAAGACUGAAGAUCUAAAAUCUGGAAUUCCGGAGAAACAAUUUUUCUCUUGUAGUGAAAGAUUGAGUUUAAAAUUACCAAGUGAUUCUCCUGAAAAGCUGUCACCGUGUUCAGUUAACCGUGUACCAACAGAAACAUCAUUAUCAUUAUCGUCAUCAACUGGACCUGAUUUAAAAAUCACUUCUUCAAAAGUAGAGAAAUCGAAAAAGCAAGAAGCUAAAUUUUCCCAUUCAACAUCAACUUCAAAAAGAGAUGGUGUUGACUCAUCAAUUGAAAGUGGUGCUGGCCCCUCUUCAAAACGAAAGAAAUACAGUGUCGAGAAAUCUACAAUUGGUGUUUCUUCAAACAGAAAAAGAAAGUCAAUUACUUUGGAUAAUGAAAAUAUUGAUAAACCGUUGCAUCAUAAAGUGAGAAGAAGAUUGGAAUUAAUGGGAACAGAAAAGCAUACGGUAAAAGUUUGUUUGGGAAAAUUAUGUAAAUCAGCAAACAUUAAAAAUCGAAUUGAAGAAGAUGCAAAGGUUGUUUCAUCAAUGAUGUAUGAGGCAACAACAAUGGCAUUAUUCGGCCUAUAUGAAGAAACGAAUGUUGAAAAUGUUGAAAAUUGCCCAUCAUUGUUGGAGAAAUGGACCAACAAUGGUCCCGACUUUCUGUCAUUUUUAAUAUCAUUAAAGCAGAAAGUAAAUGCUCAACGUAAAGUAACUGAACAGGAUGCGAAAAUAAAUACAAUGGUCAACGAAUAUAAAGAAUUAAGGAAUGACAUUCCACUUUAUGACGGAGAACAUAGAACGGCAAUAAUUCAGGAGGCAGCUUUAGUGUUGAAUCGAAACUUUAAAACAAAUUUCACGACGCAUGCAGCAUCACGAUUAAGAAGAUAUUUGCAGCUAUUAAUGGAAAUUGAAGACGAAGAAAAAAAUCAUAUGGAAGUAGAUGAAAUUCAAGAAAUUUGUUCAGUUUACCAUAUCGAAAAUGAUAAUGAUGAAAAAAUAAAAAUUAGGAGUUUUAAAAAUAGCAUUAAAAAUGAACAAAGAAAAGAAUUUCAAAAAUCUCGAAAACAAUUUCCAGAUGAAAUGCGAGAAAAAAAAACAUCAGACUACUGCGAUGAAAGAUAUGUUCGACAGGAAAAAUAUCUCAAACAUUGCGAUAAAGUCUAUUAUAAAAAAAGGCCAAGAAGGCGAAGAAAAAAAUCGAAAAAGGAAAAAGAAGAAGAAAAAGAGAAGAAUAAGGAAAAAGAAGAAGAAAAAGAGAAGAAUAAGGAAGAAGAAGAAGAAAAAGAGAAGAAUAAGGAAAAAAAGAAAUUUCGAAAAAGAAGGCCUUCAUUUUAUAAACAAUCUGUUGCUGCUUUAAAUCUCCUGCUGCAAAAAAAUGAAUGUCAAGUGAAAGGAUUCCCUACUGAUUUACUACUGAAAAAGGGUGAUAAUGAUAGAAGAAAAUUGGACUUUACAAAAUUGACAAAAGAUGAAGAAUGGCAUAAAUUUUUGCCAUUUUUCAUUAUGAUUCAACAAGAAUUUCAUGAUAAAAAGAAGAAGAAUUUCACGUUAAUUCCACAAAUUUCAUUAGGCGUGAAGCAUGUGGUUUAUACAAAUACUGCUUUAAAAGAAUUGCAAACGGCAACUGUUAUUCAAGAAAUUAAAGAAAAAAAGGCAAUUUUACAAAAAAAGAAAAGAAAAUCAGGAACGAAUAAGGAUCAUCUUCAAAGAGCAGUUGAUAAGAUGGACGAUGAAAUGAAGCGCUUAAGAGAAAUGAACAAUGAAGAAAGGUGGAAUUCAAUGUUCAACUUUAAAUCAAUCCAAAGAGGUCGAAAAAAAUUAAAGAAUGGUGGUAAAUUUUCUGGUACAAUAACGACAAAUGGUGUGGACGUGUCAGUAAUUUUUGAUUUACCCACAAAACAUGAUGUUGUGCAAUCAAAGAAGAAAGUUGGAAGUUACAAAAAAUUUUGUGGUUUUGAUCCUGGUGCGAGGGCGACUCUGGCUGGCGUCAGUAGGGAAAACGAUCCUAAUCCAACCACUAAUGUAAAAAAGGAUUCAGCUAUUUACAUUGGUAGUUGGAUGAUGAGAUGGCAGAUGGGCGACUACAGAAGAAGAGAAUUAAUGAAGAAAAAAGGUAUAGACAUGCAAAAAUAUUACAAGCAACUUGCUGAGGAUCCAUUGAUGGAAAAUUUUUGCAUGACUAAUCCUCGAGAUCGCCAUCGCAUAACAAAAUAUAGAAUACAUCUUUUACAAAAUUUCCAAUCACUUCAUCAAAAAAGAUCCGUAACGCGUUUACGAAUUGAUCGAUAUUCAGCACAAAAGCGACAAGUUGAUCAACUUGUGAAUUGGAUAGUAGGUGAUACAAAGAAGAAACCCUGUUUCGUUGCUAUCCCUGCUGGAAGUAAAGAGAUACAAAGAGAUUAAAAAAAGGGGAUAAAAAAAGAUUAGAAAAUAUAAUAGUUUGGAGAUGCAAAAUGGAUACUUAAAAGAGAUACAAUUUUUUUAUCUCUUUCUAUAACUUUAUAUUUAUAUAUCUUUUUAUCCCUUCUAAUCUCUUUAUAUACAGUUUUAGAUAUAGAAAUAUAUAGAAAAAAAUAUAUAGAAAGAGAUAAAAAAUUGGGGAUGCAAAGUGGUGAAUUAAAGAAGAUAGAACUUUUCAAUCUCUUUCUUUUCAUACAUUUCUGUCUUCCUCUAUCCAUUUUCACAUCCUUUCUAAUCCAAAGGAAAGUAAAAAAGGAGAUACCCCUUAUAGAAGAAAUCGAUUAAUUUCAAUUAAAAACUUUCUCUAUUGUUGUUAAUUGAGUUUCUUAAUCGUGUUGUUUUAAUUCAUUACGAUUAACUAUAAAAAAUUUGCAAGUAAAUCUUUAAUACAUUUUUAGAAAAGUUUCGAUGCUUUGUGAGUUUAAAACUAAUUUUGGUUGUCUAUUACUGAUAAACAUUUAUUGGUUAAAUAUAUUUACAAUAAACUAUAAAAAUAUGGAAGUUAUAAACUCAAACAAAAACGUACAAUCGCACAGUGCAUAACACACGCUUUCUGAUCUACGGAUCUACUGACCCGACGCCAUGACACAUAACAGCUGGGAAGAUCGACGCAUGCGCGUAUAAGUUUAUGAGUAUGUAUAUAGAAAGGGAUAUACUACAGUAGAUUAGAAGAGAUAAUCUUAUUAUAUCUCCUCAAAUCCCCAUAUUCUUAACUAUCCCUAUCUCUUCUAAAUAAAGUAAUAGGAGAUAGAAUAUGGGAUUGAAAGAAGAUUAAAAGAAUAACAUUCGGAAAAGAAGAAUGAUAAAAAGGAAUAAAAAAGGUUUAUAGUUUUGCAGUCUCGCAUUUCUAUCUUUUUCUAUCUCAAUAAUGGGAAUAAUGGUAAUAAAUAAGUGUUAAUAAGAUCCUACAUAAAAAGCGAUGGAAGGGUAUAAAUAGGAUAUCAAUAGUUAUUAAGAAAAGGUUAUAAAUGUGGAGAAAGAAGAGUAUCGAGAACUUCUGUCAUAAAAAGAGAUAGAAGUUUAUAGACAGGUUAUUAAAAGGUAUUGAGAAUAGGUUAUUAAUAGGUAUAAAGAAUAGUGUCUAUAAGGUCUAACAUUGAAAGAGAUACAAGGAAAUAGACAGGAUUUUAAAAGUAAUAGAGAAAAGGUGAUUGAAAGAAAUAACAAAAAGUUGUAAUAAGAUUGUAUAUAAAAAGAGAUAGAAGGGUUUAAAAUGGCUAUUAAAAGUUAUUCAAAAAAGGUGAUUAAAAGAAAUAGCAAACAAGUUGAUAAAGGUAGGAAUAGAAAGGCAUAAAGAAGUAUAGGUAAGAGAUUAAAAGUUAUACAUUAUUCAUAUCUCUUUCUAUAUUAGCAAUAGAAAGGGAUUAAAAGAGAAAAGGUUUCUAUCUAUUUACUUCCAGCAGGGAUUGGUGGAGCUGAAAUACCUAAUUUUAUCAAGGGAUACACUAAAGCUCCUUUGAAACGUAUUCAACAAACUCUUUUUCAAAGAUCAGAAGAAUUAGGAAAGGAUAAAUUGCAAGUCGUGAAAGUAAAUGAGUUUAAUACAACAAAAAUGUGUAGUCGCUGUGUGAGACCACUUAAAAUAUCCAAGAGUCCCCAUCGAUACACUUAUUGUGCGAAAUGCAAAACAACGUGGGAAAGAGACGUAAAUGCAGGGCGUAAUAUUCUUAAUCUUGCACUUGUUCAAGAGAAAAUCAUACCAAAGGAUUCCAUAAAAAAUCACCAUCUAUUUCGGAUAAAAAAUGAUGACAUUGAACAUGAGGCUGCAGAAUUGCAGAAAUAAUUUUUCCCAUCACUUUCAACAUUCAUUUUUAAAUCACUAAGUAAAUCUCUUAAAGGACAAUGAAAAGGAGGAACCUCGACAACCGGAAAUACAAAUUUCUACGAUGGACAAUAUACUGCUUAAUUGCGGAAAUAAUUUAACAAAACAUUAUUCGGUCCUGGUGGUGAUGGCUUUUUGCCAUUGUACAUACCGGGAGAUCUCUUAUGAGAUCCGAACCAGCCUGUAAAAAGGCAUACCAGGUUUUUUAAGAAAUUAAAAAACAUGCUACUUCUUUUAUUGAUUAUUGUUUGAAUUUUUCAAAUUUUUUAUAAAAACAAAAGCACAUUUGUGUUUUUUUUUAUAAAUUAAAAUAAUCAAUAAUAGGA